CGCCUCUCAAUGUUUUUUUCUGAUUUGACGACCUGUCGGAUAAUGAGAAAAAUAAUAAAAUUUACAGUGGAACUUGUUUACAUAAUUUAAAAUAAAAGCAUUCAUAUAAUAAACAAUGGAUAAAUGUGGAAUUUGUUUAAAACCAGCUGUUCAACUGUUUGAAACUGGUAAAGAUGAAAUAUAUGCCUGCUUCAAAUGCCAGCCUCUUGUACCAGAAGUUACUAUAGGGGACAAUGCACCAGAGACAUCAGAACAAGGUUCCAACAAUGAGGAGGAGAUUGGUGAAGGUGAAUCGGGCCUUAGUUGUGGGCUGUGUCACAAGACUUUCACCAAGAAUGCCCAGCUUCAGAAUCACUUGAGAAACCACCGUGCUGAGCGACGUUUUGUCUGCACAUACUGUAAUAAAGCAUUUUCUCAGUCAAACAACUUGCGGGCCCACCUGCGAAUCCACACAAAUGAGCGCCCUUACAAAUGCCAAGAAUGUGGCAAAGCAUUCACACAGGUAACCAACUUGAAUAACCAUGUGAGAUUACACACUGGGGAGAGGCCAUUUGUUUGUCCAGAGCCAGGCUGUGAUAAGGCGUAUGCUCAGGUGACAAAUUUGAACCAACACCGCAAGCGGCAUCUGUCCGGACGGCCGCUGGACUCGUCGUACGACUGCCCGGUGUGCGGCGAACGUUUCGCUCAGCGUAACCAUAUGUAUAUGCAUAGACGCGAAGCGCACGGCGACGUCACGGCGAAAAGCGCGUGGCGUGUGGGGCGGUACGAGUGUAAGCUGUGCGCGCUGACGCUGCCCAGCGAGCGGCAGCUGAGGCAGCACCUCGCGCGACACCUGCCCGUCGCGCCCGCCGCAGCCGCGGUCGCGAAACCCGCAGAGGAAUCGGAGUCGGAGGCGGUGUACACGUGCGUGUUCUCGUCGUGCGGGUCGCGGUUCGACUCGCCGCGCGAGCACACGGAGCACCUGCUGCGCGCGCACCAGCUGCGCGUCCUGUCCGCGCGCGCGACUACGCCCCCGCGACGCGGGCGACCGCCCAAGAUGAGCGCCGUUUUAAAAGAUCCCCUCGAUCUGACUGAUCAGAGUGACGAGUAUGAUGAGGUAAAAAUAAUCAAGGAGGAACCCCCCCAGUUUGUGUCGAAGUUGAAAGUAUCCAGCUUGUUUCAGUGAUGAAAAUAACAUUUUUCGUGCAGAUCAUGUAAAAUGAAUUUGGAUUAUUUUAAAUUUAGUUUGAAAUGUUCAAACCGACUAACCCCUCUUGCAAAUGGAAAUAUACAUUAUUCUGACCGUGUCUGCCAAUCGUAUUUAAGUGCCAGGCAAGGACAAAUCAUUGUACUAUCAUGUACUCCACAAUUUUUAUACUACACACUACUGUACAACUGUACUACACAUUUAGUAAGGUAAGGGGGUUUAUCAUAAAUAACUUUUUAAACUGCAAUAGUUUACAAGACAACAAUUUGAAUAUUAUGUAAGUAGAAAAUAAGUGAUAAUGUAAGUGCAAUUUAUAUUAUAUUAUAGUUAGAUGUAAAGAGUACUUUAAUAGUAUAUUUACCUAUAUGUUACAUAUUGAGAUAAUAUCACACUAAUCAAUCGUGUAAUAUUGU